AUGGAGCACGAAAGUUUUGAUAAAAAAGACUUUUUUCCAAAAGUUUUGCGUUCAGGAUUAAAAAAUGACUGCAUCACUGACGUCAAAAUAGUAAAAAAGUCCAAUAAUGACAAGAAGGGCCACCACUUUUUGAGCAAUUUGCUUGCUCUAACUCUAGAAUACACACAUUUACUUUCAAAAAAUGGCUCGUUCAACGCAAUUAAAGAUUCUGCUAAUUUGUUUAUAAAAAAACCACUGCCAGAUAAUACCCACGCGCUGAUGUUCGAGAUGGAUAUUUUCGAUAUAGAGUCAAAAAUUUUGAGCGACGUUUUUGCCUGA